GGUGUGUGGAAGCGACUUAUUCCAAUUGAAGUGCGAGUUGAGUGUGCAUCAUCAGAUCGUAUAAAAAUGAAGAUGGUUUCGGUAGCGCUGGUACUGAUACUGUUCGGCACUGUCUACAGCAGCUCCGGAAUCGAGUGCAUGGAUGUGUGGGAUGAAGAGAGUAUUACUGAAAUGAUCGAGGAUAACAGACGUUACGAAGAAUCACUCCAAGCUGGUCAUGAUCAGCACGAGGAAGACGAAGAUGACGAGCAUCCCGUUGACAAUGAAGACGAUACCCUAGCAGGCUCGCACGAAGAGGAUGAAGCUGGAGAUGAUCAUGCACAUGACCACCAUGAUGAAUCAAAUGUAAAACAUUCGGAACAAACGCAGCGCCAUAAGCGUGAAUCUCCACUGGCAGGGCAGGUGAUCGUCCCAGAAGCAACGAAUGAAGAAACACCAGACUUAGAGACCGCUGAAACGCAUCUCUUCCGACCGGUGUUUCGAUACAAGUCGCAGUACACGGAAAGACGACGAGUGAGAACAUCGAAUGGGGAUGUCAACUUUGCACCCGCACAAUAGUUGAAAAUGCGAAAAGAUUCGCCAACCUUCCAGCUCGUCUACUUAUCAUUACACUCGUUCCACGAGCAUGUGUUGCAUUGUGUGUUAUUUUUAGUGUUCAUCUGUAAAUUACUCAUUCUCCUGCCCUUCAUCAUCGCUCCAUAUGCCCGUGCAGUCGUGCAGUCACGCUCUAUGAGUGUAAUAAAUAGGAGGCGUAAUUUUUAAUGGGUGUAUCUUCAUGCAUCACGUUUUGUAACCCGCUUGUGCGCUUGCAAUUGCGGCUUUGAGAACAUUGUUGCUGGUUCUCUGUGUAUGUGUGUGAUUUAAGUACGAGAAAAUCACAUAGAGGUGCGAAUUUUAGGUGAUGUACAGUGUUACCUGAAGGUAAACGGGAUGUUUACGG